AUGGAGCUUCAUUGUUGCUUCUUAGGCACACCAUUCCUGAAAACCUCUUCCACCGGCGAAUAUGCGAUGGCACGACUGGACGACGUGAUGAAUAUGGUACAACGUACCUCAUUGUGGCCACUGACAUUCGGGUUAGCUUGUUGCGCCGUGGAGAUGAUGCAUUUUGCGGCUCCACGUUAUGACAUGGAUCGUUAUGGAGUUGUAUUCCGCGCUUCACCAAGACAGACGGAUCUGAUUUUCGUCGCUGGAACUGUGACGAACAAAAUGGCACCAGCGCUUCGAAGAAUUUAUGACCAAAUGCCUGAAGCAAAAUGGGUAAUAUCUAUGGGUUCAUGUGCCAAUGGAGGAGGUUAUUACCACUACGCCUAUUCAGUAUUGCGUGGAUGUGAUCGCAUAAUCCCAGCACUACUUUAUGGUGUUCUACAACUCCAAAAGAAGAUCAAACGAAAGCGUGAGGCUCAGUUGUGGUAUAGGCGAUAG